AUGGAAGUCGAUCGCGUUGUGUCCGACAAUGAAAACGUGGCUAUGGAAGAAAAUGACAAGUCCGCGACUGAGCAGGGCGCAGGCGACGCGGUCGCUUCCAAUUCUGGCCGCGCACGCCGGAGAAGCAAAAAAUUAGCCCGCACCAACAGCAAGGAGGGAAACGUAGCCGCACCACUCCCAAAAUAUCGAAGCUGGAAAAAUAGCCGCCGGCCACGAAACGGACACGGCAGGGGUCUGCCCAAAAAAGGUGGCGCUGGGGGCAAGGGGGUAUGGGGUCUACCAGGCUCAGAGAUGCUGGAGGAGUACGCGGAAGACGAGAACGACCCCAACUACGACUCCGAGGCGAUCACCAACGGCGACGUGGAGUUCAAACAGGUUAUUGUGGAAGCGGAGCCCGAGGAGAUUGUCCGCAAGUCCGAACCGGUCAUAUUGGAGUACUUCGAGCAUGGAGACACCAACGCGGCUGCUGAGGACUUCCUCGAGUUUGUCACGGCGAAGAGAAGUCACUUGGUAUGCGAAACAAUAAUAGAGAUCGCGCUGGACCACAAGCCGUCACACUGCGAAAUGGCCUCCGUCCUCAUAUCAGACCUCUAUGGAAGGGUCUUCUCUGUUAAGGAUAUUAGUUAUGCGUUCGAGAGGUUAUUGGAGAAGCUGCCGGACCUAAUCCUGGACACUCCGGACGCUGCCGUCCUCCUCUCGAACUUCAUAGCACGCUGCGUUGCCGAUGAUUGCCUCCCACCGAGAUUCGUCUCCAACAUGUCGAGUCUCCAGUUGAAUCCACCAGCCAGACAAUCAAUCCACAGGGCGGAGACCCUCCUCUCCAUGAAGCAUGGACUAGUGCGUUUGGAUAACAUUUGGGGUGUUGGGGGCGGCAUCAGGCCGGUGAAGUCGCUGAUCCGGCAGAUCCAGCUGCUGCUGAAGGAGUACCUGACGUCGUCGGACCUCGCGGAGGCCAUGCGCUGCGUGAGGGAGCUCGAGGUGCCCCACUUCCACCACGAGCUCGUUUAUGAGACUGUGUUAUUAGCCGUAGAAGCGAUCAACGCCAGCGUUGAGGAGCAACUUUGCACAUUCCUAGCCGAGUUGCGACGAUGCGUGAUCGUCACACCGGACCAGAUGGACCGGGGCUUCCUCCGGGUGUUGGAGGACAUGUCGGACAUAGUGCUGGACGUGCCCCUCGCCUACAUAAUGCUGGACAGGUUCGUCGAGAGGUGCCAGCAGAAGUUCCGGCUUGGCGAGGCGGUGCUCAAACGCAUGCCCACUAGGGGUCGCAAACGCUUCGUGUCUGAGGGCGACGGUGGCGCCAUCAAGGACCACGUGCUCAAACUACGCGAGUAA